CAUAACACAAUCUUACUCAUGUCUGAGGAAAGAAAGUCCUAAUUGUUUUCAGUGGAACUUAAUCCCAGGUGACCAACAGUGCCAUAAGACAAUUCUACAAGUUUGCCUGAAGUGCCAAUAUGACAGGCAGUGCUCCCCAAGACAGAUAUAAGGCUGUUUGGCUCAUCUUUUUCAUACUUGGUCUUGGGACACUCUUGCCAUGGAAUUUCUUCAUGACAGCUACAGAGUACUUUACCAACCGUCUGCAGGAUUCUCACAUCAAUGUAUCAUUCAUUGAUUCCCAUGCUGAUGUGAAUGCCACAGGAAAAGAGGACUCAUACAAUCAUGUUAAAAUGAAUGUCACAGGGAAGAAUGAAGUUCAUCACUCGUACUUGCAGUCCAUAUUUAAUAAUGCGAUGACACUGUGUUCCAUGUUGGCUCUACUCAUCUUCACCUGCCUUAACUCCUUUCUCCACCAGAGGAUUCCUCAGCAAGUACGGAUCAUAUCUAGUUUGGCUGCCAUCUUCUUGGUCUUCAUGGUUACAGCUGUCCUAGUCAAGGUCCCAAUGGAGCCUUUGCCUUUUUUCAUCAUUACCAUGGUCAAGAUAGUCCUAAUCAAUUCCUUUGGAGCCAUUCUCCAAGGCAGCCUCUUUGGAUUGGCAGGGCUCCUGCCUGCCAGUUACACAGCACCUAUUAUGAGUGGGCAGGGCCUCGCAGGGACAUUCGCAGCUGUAGCCAUGAUCUGUGCUAUUGCCAGUGGUUCCAAACUAGAAGAAAGCGCCUUUGGUUACUUCAUCACAGCCUGUGUUGUGAUCAUGAUAGCUAUUGGCUCCUAUAUCAUGUUGCCUCAUCUGGAUUUCUUCUGCUUUUAUUCCAUGAAGAAUAAGAGAGAGUAUCAAACUUCUGUGACUCAGGCUGAGAUGGAAACAAAAGUUGAUCUCAUUAAGAAAGAUGAAGUUAAUGGUGUUGAACGAAACCACUCUUUGAAUGGAGAUCUCCAUUCCUCCAGCCACAAAUCUUCAGUCCUCAGCAUCUUCAAAAAGAUAUGGGUUAUGGCUAUUUCUGUCUGCUUAGUUUUUACUGUUACAAUUGGAGUCUUCCCAGCUAUCACUGUUGCAGUAAAGCCAACUAUUGGAGAAAAUACACUUUGGGUUGCCUAUUUCAUCCCAGUUGCUUGUUUCCUGGUGUUUAACAUCUUUGACUGGGCAGGAAGGAGCCUCACAGCUGUCUGUGUUUGGCCUGGAAAGGAGAGUUGCCUGCUACCCUUCAUGGUGAUUAUCCGUCUGAUUUUCAUUCCCCUCUUCAUGCUGUGUAACGUGCAGCCCCGUCAUAACCUGCCGGUCAUCUUUGCUCAUGAUGCCUGGUACCUGGUCUUCAUGUUGUUAUUCUCCAUCUCCAAUGGUUACUUGGCCAGCCUCUGCAUGUGCUUUGGACCCAAGAUGGUGCUAACUCAUGAGGCGGAAACUGCUGGAGCCAUCAUGGCCUUCUUUCUCUCCUUGGGUCUGGCUUUGGGUGCCAUCUUAUCCUUUCCCCUCAAAUAUGCAAUCUAAAGAAGAUACCCCGUAGGAUCUAUGGGCAGAGGAGCAGUAGACUCAUAGCACCAUGGAGGAUUUCUUGCCUGCUUCCUGAGACCUUGCUGCCUUAAUACCUCUUGGCUUGGAGCAGGGCUUCUCUUACUAUCCAAAUGGCCAGCUUCUCCUUGGGUAUAACAUCCCCCCCGUCACACACAAACCCCUUUACCAGCACCAGCUAUGAACAACUUACAUUCAUUUGAUGUGUUCUGCUUCACACUGUCUAGCAAAAGAGAAUUCUUCCCAGUCCAACCUCCCAGCCUUCCAGUUGCUCCUAUGAAUUUGUUGGGGUUUUCACACUUCAUUAGUGUCUGCUCUACCCUCCAAAGGCAAGUCAUUGAAAGAGCUGCUGCACCCAAGAAUGUUCUUCAUCAGAUGACAUGCCCUCCAUGGAAAAGCAGUCCUUCUCUUCAGCUGCAUGUUCAAGCCUCCAAGAUCCAUGGUUUGUGGACAUCAGAAUUAGGCCAGAACCUCAACAACUAUUACUUGCAGACAGGUGAUAGAAAGUGGGCCUUGGCUAUUCCCACAACAUAAGUAGUCUGGACAACAAAGGCAUCCAGUUGGGGCCAUGAAUUACUGGUUACUUUGCGAAUUGAAGAGUAUUAUAUACAGACUGUAUAUGCCCCCUCUUCUAAAGGCCCUCCAUGUUUCUUUUCCAAGGUUUUGCAUGAUCUGGCUCUAGGAGCAUUGAUAAAUGAGCUCAUGAAAUCUUCGGCAUAAUGCAAAUGAUGAAUGGAUCAUUCCCAAACCUGGUUGUUCAGAGCCCCUGCAAUCUUCAGGCAGUUUUCUGUGUUUCUUGAUGAAUUUACGAAACUCAGGAUUUGUGUAUUUGAACUCUGUUUAAAAAUGGCAAUUUUUUUUUUAAGAAAGGUUGUGACAAAUAAAGGGUAAAUUUUUUUUGUAUUGUUUGAAGCUGUAAAGUUACUUUGUAUUUAAAGUAUUUAAUAUUGUUAAUUAUAAAGGUCCACUUCAUAUGGGAAUACAGCAAAGAUCAAUCAUAUUAAAAGAAAGUAAUUCUUCACUCA